AUGAUUUCUACGCAGAAGGAGGCAGAAAAGGUGAAACUGAUCGAUGGACAGGGGUACGCCUUCCCUAAAUGCAUCACCAUCAAGCAGCUUCGGGAAGAAAUUCUCCGGUUGUUAGCUCAGCUGCAGCAGAAGCAAGACUUGCUAUCAAACUUCACCAACCUAGCUGCAGCCCAGCCGAAUCACAUCACGGUCUUGACUCCGUACGUGAACUUCAUCCAGAAGGAUCUGGGUGCUCCGUGCUCGCUGACGGAGGCUCUGGAAUACCUCCAGGUGGACGUCUUGGAGAACCUGUUCAAGAAAGACAGCCUGGCCUACAAUCAGAAACAGCCGCCCAAGAACAAGCCCCACAACAUCACCGUGGUCGCCAUGGAAGGCUGUCACUCAUUCGUCAUCCUUGACUGGGCCAUCCCCCUGAAGGACGACAUGGUGUCAGGCUACAUGGUCCACAGCGCCUCAUAUGAUGACAUCCUCAACAACAGGUGGUCCUCCAGCGCUUCCAGCGGCACACACCUGGCUGUAGAGAACCUCAAACCCAACUCCAGGUACUACUUCAAAGUCCAGGCAAAGAAUGUCUUUGGGCUGGGACCGAUUAGCGAUACGCUCACCUAUGUCACUGAAUCAGACGACCCUCUUCUUAUUGAACGGCCGCCUGGUGGAGAGCCUAUCUGGAUCCCCUUCUCCUUCAGAUUCAACCCCCAGCACAGUGCCUGUAAGGGCAGCCAGUACGUCAAGAGGACCUGGUACAGAAAGUUUGUGGGCGUGGUCCUGUGCAACUCGCUGAGAUACAAAAUCUUUAUGGGAGAUGGGCUGAAAGAAAUGUUCUACAGUAUAGCAGACACAUUCGGCCAUGGGGAGGACCACUGCCAGUUUGUAGACUCUUACCUAGACGGGAGGACAGGCUCCCCCAGCCUCUCAACGUAUCUGCCCACAGCACAGGGUUACUAUCGCUCAUACAGGCAGGAGCCAGUCAACUUUGGACCUAUCGGCCGGCGUACGCCACAUCCCUUCGUGGGAUGGUACGAGUGUGGGGUGCCCAUCCCUGGCAAGUGGUAACACAGGGGGUCACAAAGAGGUCAUCACCGAGGGCAUACAAACUCCAACCUGCUGCAGCCUCUGUCAUGCUCUCACUGACCCCGCCCCCUGGAGAUGAACUGUUGCUAACCACAGCAGAAAGACAACAACAUUCCAAACUUAUACUGCUUCAGAUCAAAGAGAAUAUAAUACUUUAAACAACACUAAUAUUUCCAUGUAUUCAUUACCAUGCACUUUUAUAAAAGCAGUUUGUAUAUGAGGGGGGAAAAGCAUGUAUUGUUAUUGCUUAGUUUAACUUUUGUCUUCCGGAUCGGAAAGAAUCCGUGUUUAUUCCCAACUAUUCUCAAGUGGAAGUGCACCUGUGAUCAUGACAACACUAAUGAAAUGGGAGAUCCUGUAAAAGACCAAAGCACAAACUGAACAGUACUAAUGGGAGCGAAGGGAUUGUAUGUGUGUUUACUAUCAAUCAAGAGAUCUUGUUCAUAACAGUAGUAUGAUACAGUAAUGGCUUUUGACAACUAGUUUUGGUGUCAGUUUUCUUGAACAUGCAUAGUGUUUUUAUAGUCUUUGGUAUUUACGAGACUCCAUAAGAUCAGAAGUUACUGUGGAAGUGUUGUAUGUAUACAGACAAUGAAUAACAAUACUUAAUAUUUGCUCAGGAAUGGUUGGACAUUAAAUAAAGGUGCUAUAGAAAACAAG